GAGAGAGAGAGAGAGAGCGGGGGAAUCACAGGUUUAUUUUUUAGAAGAACACGAAUCUUCAACUUCUUCUUCUCGACUGAACAACAAUGUGGGGUCAAAAACUCCAGUUCCUGCUUCUGAUCUACUUCCUGCUUUCUGACUUGGUUCAUUCCCAAGCUCCAUUCCAUCCACGCUUGAAGAACAUUGAAUCCUUAUCUUCGAUCCCAUUGGAGGAAACAGGGUCCAUCCAAGAUAAAGAACUUCAAAUCCGGAAUCUGGUUUCUGGUCUUGCAAAAUCUUUACGAGGUCUGGUGCAUCCCCACGGGAAUCUGAGCUGUGCCGAGCUGGACGCAGGGCCUUGGAAAGGGGCAGGGUUUUCACAUGAGCUUCUGGGCUUGGCCAUGGUGCCGGUAAUGGUGUCUGCAGGAUGCCAACAAGAAGCAGAGGAACUGGUGAGGAACUUGUUCUCGAUGUUGGGACAUGACGAUACAUGUGAGCUCCUGGAGGACAUUGUUGCUCUGAUGAGAAAGUCGUCUGUACAUCGUUCAUAUUCCGUAUCCAAACCAAACGUUCAGUCCAAGCACCAAGUUCAAGCCAUGAUGUAUAACAUCCAGCAGCUGGCGGAGGUUAAAGAUACGGGUGAUCAGAAGCGAUGCCAAGGCUGGAAGAGGAUGAAGGACAUGAUGUUACUAGGACAGAAGGUUAAUCAUGAAAAGAUGCAUUUAAACGAAGCAAAGAGCGUUUGCAGGAAUCUGGGAUUUGUCUGCGCAGGUGUGACGCAAGACGAUCGCACCAGCGUUCGAUUCUACUACGCCAUCCUCAGGCCUGGCAGCUGGCUUAUGCCUUCACCACCUUCUAACCAAUCAGAGAGCUGGAUUCAAAACUGCAGGGCAUGUCCUGGACGUUGGCGCAGACAUGUCGCUCAUCAUCCACGCUGCAGGAAUGAAAAAGAGGAGCAUGUGUAUAAAGUGGUUGAUUGGAUCCCCGGAGUCUCGACGCUCUAUAACCUGGGUACGGCUGUUUAUUACGCCUCUAAGAGCUGCUUGGAUAUGGCCAAAGAGAGAGCCCUGAUGACCGCGGUGGACCUGGGAACCGACGCUCUCAUGGCGGCCACGGGCGGCACAGCAGGGGUAGCUGGAUACGCCCUGGGGGCGGGGCUUAAAACGAGUGUAAAAGCUGGAGUUAAAUACCUGCUGAACAGAAUGAACCAGGAGGAAGAUUUGCUCCUGAACCAGAACAGCUGGGAGGAUGGAACCAUCAGCUUUCAAUAAUACUGAUAAUAAAGAUUAUUAUAAAUUCAA